AUGCUUGUUCUAAAAACAUUUUUCCUCUUCUCCUUCCCACUCACUUACUCUCAACGAACACCCCUCGAAAACCUCGUCCUCGUCGACUGCGGCAUCGGCCUCGGCGUAAAUGGCGGUUCCACCUCUCGCGAGAUGAUCUAUUAUGCGGGUGACGUCUGGACUGGUAACGGACUUGAAACCUACCGCCCCAAGAUGAUGACCAAUGUGCCCUGGACUGGCUCAUACCCUUGGGGCCAGGCCGGCGGCGCUACUGGCCGAAUGCCGAACGGCGACGUCUUUCAAGUGUUUAUCAAUCCCGCAAUCAAGGAUCCCAUCGCCGCGGGAGAUGCUUGGCAUAGCUAUGAGAUGAAUGUGCCACUCAAGUGCUAUAGCUAUCACUGGGAUAAGGUUUAUCGGCUCGCGGAUGGAAAGUGGUGCUCCAGUGCUUAUGUAUGUAAUCAUCGUGGGGUGCCGUAUGUGAAACCUGGUAGUCCGCCAACUUCACCUGUUUGUGAUGCAUUGUAG